AUGGCACCAGCACGUACUACCAACCGUCGCACUCAACGUGAACAGAAUGCGCCAGCUCAACCUGCUUCGACAGAAACUAUGGCCGAAUUGCCCAAGGAUGAAUUGUUUUUGGAGCCCAUGAUGGGCACACCUCUCGCCAUUUAUGUGGAGAAGGAUGUUCAAAACAGAGAUGCUAUAGUUGACCUCAUCACGAAACACGGUGGCAUGGUGUCUCCAGGAUACAGCGGAGUUCCCUACAUCCUUGUGGACCCGCAUAAGGAGUCCGGGCAGAACCUCUUCCGGCAGUAUGUUGGAAAGAAGGGCAAGAUCGUCCUGGAUGCGAAUUGGGUACUGGAAUGCGUGAAGGCAGGGGCACUCCAGACGUACCACAAUAACUGGGCAGGGUGUAAGGUCACUGGCACAGAAGCCGUCACACACGUGAACCAGAAUGUAGCUCCCCCUCAACCUGGCCCUCCCAACCCGCAGCUCAUGCACAGCGAACUAGCUCAUCAGAUGCAGCCCUCACAGAUGAUGCAGCCUCAUAUGGCACCUCCGCCAAUGGCCCCUCCAGAAGCACUAGUUCACCCACAGCAUGGUUUUCAGUACACAGUAUAUCCCACUCCGAUGGAUGUGACGCCGCGGGCAAUGCAUCCUCCGACUGCCGCUCCACCUCAAUCAUGGCAAGCUGCUAAUGGUAUCGCUCCCCAGCAGACCCAUAUGGCGCCGCCGCCGCAACCGCAGCCCCAGAUGAUGCCGCGCCAUCCUCAAGGAUAUCGGGAGGACCAGGCUUGGCCUGGUGCCUAUCAUCAGUCGCAGCCAUCCACAAAUACAAUUGUUCCCAAUGCACCUCAAGAUUACGACUACAAUAGGUACAGAGAGGAACAAGCUGCGUGGGUCGGUGGAACGGGUGAUUAUUACGCCCAACCUUACGAGCAGCAAGCGUAUCCAGAACCAGACGCGUAUAUGGAAGAAGCAGGUCCUUCAAAUGCUCCCGAUUCUUCGACUACUGCCGCGUCAGAAAAAGCGAGAGGUCGUAAACGUGUCCGAACACAACCGCAGCCCGCUCCGCCUGCAUCUACGCUAGUGGUUAAUCGCCGUAAUCCACCUGCGCGUUCACCUACACCUCCUACUCGUAUCAUCAAGAGUACAUAUGGUGGCAAUUUGUUCACUUCGGACGACGUUCUUUACCUCAAGAAGUACAUUGAUUAUUGCCAAGAGCAAGGAUUAGUUUUGAGUUUGCGAGAGAUAUGCGAGCGGGUUGCUGUUAAAGCCCCUCAUCAUACGUUUUACUCUUGGCGUCGAUAUUGUAACAAGCACCAAAUACGUCUCGGAGGGUACGCCAUGGACGUCCAAGACGGCGGCAAUUCUCCACCACCUGAGGAAGAACAAGGCCAAAGUCAAAGCCCUCCUGACCAAGAAGCACAAGUCCCAGUUGCCACAACGGGUGCCGGAGCAAUCGCAGCAGCACGUCGUGCAGCAGCGGCGGACCUUGGUCGCACACGAUCUCCCACGCCUCCAAGGGCUUUGUUCAGAAGUACGACGGGCAAGGGAGUGGCAUUCACAGACGAGGAUGUCACGUUCCUCGUACGCUUUUUGGAGUAUCGCAAUAGGACACAAGAGGGUAAGAUAGACAUGGUGGCCUUCUGGAAGGACGUUGCUGCGAAGGCUCCCCAUCACUCUCGCGCUUCUUGGAUGAAAUUCUACCGGAGACACAAACACGAAUUGAACCAUACGGAGGGCGACGCUCCUCUGCCAGCCCCCCCGGAGAAGAAGAUGCGGUAUAGCCGAGAGGACGAUGUACUUCUGGCCAAAUACUUCUAUAACAAGCCAGACGGAACGUCCGAUAAGAUUUUCCAAGCGUUCGGCCGCCUUCAUCCGCACCAUCCGUGGAAAGGAUGGCAGGAGCACCAUCGUAUUCAUAAAGCCAAGAUCGAUCACCUUACUGCCAGAUUUGCCAACGGGGAAAACAUAGACGAGCGCGAUGGAGCAGCUGAAUUGCAAGCAAUACUAUCUGCCCCCUAA